AUGUCAGGCAUAGUAGCAUUAAUUCUUCAUAGGCGAGUCCGCAACCACGAAAAAGAGAAGCUACGGAUGCAAACAAUGAUCCGAAACAAACGGUUUCGCAAUUUGUCGAAUCCGUAUGAGGACCCAAACUUCCAUUCGACUUACCGACUCACCCCGGACUUGGCCUUGGCUAUUGUGAACGAUUUAAAGCCUAUUUGGCAACAACAUCAAUAUUCAAGCUCACUUCCUAUAGAACUAAAGCUCCUCUGCGCGUUACAUUUUUUCGCACAAGGCUCCUAUCAAAAAAGUUUAACAAAGGAUGUGGACUUCAAAGUUAGCCAGCCUAAUUCCAGCAGAGCCAUUAAAGAGGCAGUAGCCACACUAAAUCAACCUAAAAUUAUCAAAAAAUGGAUUAAUUUUUCAAAUCGUCCUCAAAUGGAAGCAACUGUUUUAAGAAAUUACCAAAAAUUCGGAAUUCCUGAAGUAUUGGGCUAUAUUGAUGGCACUCAUAUAAAACUUAAGAAGCCAACACAACAUGAAGAACUUUAUGUAAAUAGAAAGGGUGAACACACCCUUAAUGCACAAAUGGUUUGUGACAGUUCCUUAAAAAUAUUAAACGUGUGUGCACGAUAUCCUGAUGCAACACACGAUUCCUUUAUAUGGAGGUUUAGUGCACUACGAAAGGUGAUGAUGUACCUUAAUGGUGAAGGCAAUACUUGCUGGCUUCUAGGUGAUUCCGGAUAUCCCUUGGAGCCAUGUCUCCUCACACCGAUCCUUAAUGCUGAAGAAAACACACCUCAAAGUCAAUAUACCAACACCCAUAUAAGGUCAAGGAACAGUAUUGAGAGGUGUUUCGGUGUUCUUAAGUCAUUUGAUGACCCACAAUGA